AAUUUUGACUUUUGACGUUCAAUUGUGAUCAAUAUUAUAAUAAGGUGUGAUAUUUUUGACAUUCGCGUGUUUAGCUUCAAUUGGUACCUGGACAAGGAUGUAAAAAUUCAAGGCGGCAUAAUUUGGAUACUUCUCGUACACAGACGAAUUAGUUUGUUUUGAAUUCAAAAAGUAUUUCUUCAUGAGAUCUCAUAGCUACAAUUUCUUAUUUACUUUGCUUAUUUAUUAUGGCACCGUUUUUGGUGUACCAUUGUUUAAUACUUCAAACACAAGUGACAAGACACAAAAUAGAUCAUUUUCAAUGCGAAAAUAUACGACGUCAGAAAAACCUAGAAAUAUUACUUCGGACGGCAACGUUACGAAUGAGUUACCACAAAAAAAUAAUCUUCUGGAGCGGAAGGAUCUUCAAAGUCUCUAUCAUGAGGCGUAUUUGCUUUUGAAAGACGUGAUAAAAACUAGAAAACUGAACAACAAUGCUUCAAGCAUUGACGUAGAUACCAAGAGAGAUCCAAAGCUAAAGGAAGUUCGUAGAAUAAACAAAACAUCCUCAUCAAGACAAACAUUUCUAGGACAAUCACCUCUUCCACCGUAUAAAACAAGACAGGGGAGUUUUUCUACAGCUGUUACGAACAGUAGUGUUACAGCCACGCUUAAUGCAAGUAAACUACUAAAUUAUUUAAAUUCAACUAAAAACCAACAAGACGAUUACUUCAGAAUUUCCACAGCAGAUCAAGCAGAGUAUGUUUCAGCAUUAUUGGGCAUAACGACAAAACUGAAUAACACAACUCUUGGGGCUAAUGAAGGGACGUCGGUAGAUCGGAUAAAAUUAUUUCCAAGAAACAAUACUCGAUGGGAGAACAGAAAAGGUUUAUUGGCGAAUAACACAAAAGAUGGCGGUUUUCCAGAUAACAUAAUGACAACAAGUGCUAAUGUUGGCAAUUCAGCAAAACAGAAAACUUCUGGUCAAGCUUUUGAGGAAUUAAAACUUGUUUUAAAAUCUUCAGACAAUAAAAACGAGUCAAGAAUAAGAAACGCAAAUACAGAUCAAAAAGUUCAAAACACUCUCGGCUCUGCUGAUGAUUCAAAGAAACUCAGAGUAAAUAAUACUUCAGUAAACCGGAAUUCAAGCAAACCGCAAUUACAGGCAAAUCGGACCAAAAAUGUAUCCACGAUUUCAAGUUCAUCGGACCAGUAUAGUCUUCUAACGCAAGAAAUAGUCGUAGAAAUUGGAAAAAAACGAGAUGAAAGUCCGGAUGACACUUGUUAUGUUGGCGAUGUUAAGUACAAUCAAACAUUGAAAUUUGGUCUAAACGCAGGAAAAUUCUUGGAGGAAGGAAAGGCAAAGACAAUAGAUGAUUGUAUUUAUCAAUGUUGUUCAAGAAAAAGUUGUGAUGUUGCUUUUAUGUUGAAAGAAAGUUGUUUUCUCGUGAAGUGUCACAACAAAACAUUGUGUGAAUCACGAGAAGCCAAAUCACUCAGUUACCAUCCGAGGUUGGCUCGUGUCUUUCGUCGUAGACAUGGAUAUGACCAAGCCCAUACUAAAGGCCGAGAGAAUCAGAGCCUAAAAAGAUACUGCAGUUACAGCAAACUGAUUCAGAAUAAGACAUUACACGGAGGCAUUGCCGCUGGAUUCUUUUCUUCACAUGGUGUUGUUAAAACCUUGAAGGAAUGUGCGAAAUAUUGUUGUGAUGAAGAACAAUGUGAUGUGACAUACAUGGUAGACGACAUUUGUUACUCAGUUCAGUGUAAAGAUGAAGAGUCGUGCAAGCCUGUGGAAAUAACGCAUCCUAAGACGAAAGUGUCACUCGCUUUUGUCUCUAGAGGAUUCGGGCAACCAGUGAAACCAACCAUAGAUUUAGGUAAAAUAAAAUCACUAACUUACACAGAAGGAGAACAACCAGAACAAGUGUCCUGGUUCUGUAAGGCGAGUAAUGUAAGCAAAGUAUUCACUAAUGUUAAUCUUCUGGGAGGAUUGCGAGCAGGAAAAUUCACGGACAAAGGAGCUGUAUCGAGCUACCAUCAGUGCGCGGGAUAUUGUUGUCAAGAUAAACAUUGCAAUGUUGCUAUGACUUUAGGAAAUAAUUGUUUCUUAGUUGCAUGUAAAACCUACACAGCUUGCCUGCCGCGGAAAGCAAAGGAUGUACAUUCUCAGGUGGUUUAUGUCAACUGGAAAACACCUUCUGAGAAAGUUCGAAUCAAAGGCAAGAUUUUGUACAAAGAUCUAGGAUGUUGGCAUGAAGAUGAAAAAUUGCAAAGUUUGAUGUCAUUAGAGGGAACAGAUGAUCUUCUGCAAGGCUCUUACAAAUCAAGAAGAAAUAAAAUAACGAAAUGCGCCAUGGCAGCAAGGAAGAGAAAUUUCAAAGUAUUUGCUCUUCACAAUGGCGGCGAAUGCCGAAGCGGUCAAAGUGAGGGGAAAACGUAUCAAGCACAUGGAAAGUCGCGCAGUUGUCAUGAGGGUGUUGGAAAUUACGUGUCCAAUCAUGUUUAUCAUGUAAAGGAAAACGGAACUGUAGUCGAUCAUGGUUGUUGGAAAGCAAUUCAAAAAGAAGAAAAUUUUGUAACGUUGGAAUCAACUGAUGGACGAAUCAAAGAAAAAUAUAAAGAACGAAAUAACUCAUUAUUAAAAUGUGCUGAGGCAGCCAUUUCUCAAGGACACGCGUUGUUUGCUUUACGAGACGGAGGACAAUGUUUAGCUGGGAAUUCGGAAACUACAUCAUACAAGAAAAAUGGCGUGUCAAAGUUGUGUGUGGAUGGCAUGGGGUCUGAUUCUUCAAAAAGUGUUUACCAAAUCAUUGGAACGACUCAAUUAACCUUACAACAGCAUAAAGAGAAACCAUUUCUGGCGAGAAAAAGCAAAGAACGUCUACAGGCCUUCCCAAGCUCUGAAACUGAGUUAAAAUUCCACUCGGCAAAGUUGUUCUACAAAUACAGCUCUCCGCAAUCUCGUGUGUUCAUUCAUGGCCUAAAAGCUGGGCAUUUUACAAAUCAAGGAGAAGUAAAUGAUAUAACGGAAUGUAUACUUCACUGUGGUCGACAACCAGACUGUUCUGUAGCGUUCAUGGUUCGUAAUCGUUGUUUAACUGUCAAGUGUUACAGCAAGAAAUCCUGUGACACCAUACCUGCAGUGAAUUCUAGAUAUAAUCCUCAACUAUCCGUCAUAACACGCUUAGCAUCAUCGAUGUCAUCAUACAAAGGCAAAGAGAAACCUAACGUUGACGAGACCAGACCAUUUUCAACUCAAUCAAAUCAUCAACGGAAAGUAAACAAAAGCAGCGCGUUGAAGGAAAACAUUAUCUUGAAAUCAACGAAAGACUCAAAUCGAACUCGCUACAAACACAGCUCUCCACAAUCUCGCGUGUUUACACGUGGUAUUGAUGCUGGAAAUUUCACUCAUCACGAAGAAGUAAACAAUAUGCCUGACUGUAUAGAAUAUUGUGGUCAGCAGCUUGAAUGUUCUGCAGCGUUCAUGGUCCGUCAUUUUUGUUUCACAGUCGCAUGUUACAACAAGGAAUCAUGUGAUACUGCACCAGCAGUGCAUUCUGGGUUUAAUCCGAGGCUAUCGUUCAUAACACAUUUGACGUCAUCCCAACCAGAACCAGUUUUGUUAAGACGAUGCGAAACAAGCAAGAUCUACGAAAAUGUGACAUUGUUUGGCGGAAUUCACGCCGGAAAUUUUACAGACUUUGGCGAGAAAGACAACAUGAGUCACUGCAUUAGUUUUUGCUGUGAACAAAAACAUUGUGAUGUUGCAUUUAUGUUGGGAAAGGAUUGUUAUGGAGUUCAGUGCAAAACAAAACAUUUAUGUGGAACUACGCCAGCGAAGCAUGUGAGGAAAUAUCGACCACGCUUGGCCUAUAUGAGUCCUAAAAUGGAAAAUAAUACUGCAGACGCACGUUCGCUGUCUUCAUGUUGGAAUGGUGAAACAUUAGUGAACUACACAUUGACAGGCGGAAUUGACGCAGGAAUAUUUUAUUCCAAUGGUAACACGGAAUCAAUGAGUACAUGUAUGAAAUAUUGUUGUGAACAACAUGACUGUGAUCUCGCCUUUCGCAUCGAUCAAGGAUGUUAUACGGUUCAUUGCAAUGAUCUGGAUCAUUGUCAUGCAAGGAAAGCAAGAAAAACUCGUUUUGUUCCACAAAUAGCUUUUAAAAGACCACAACUGGCGAUAGACGAGUCCAAACAGAAUCGUAGAUCUGAUGCAUCGCAUGGAUCGUGUCAAAUUGGAGAAACACACUUUAACACCACACUAAAGAUGGGUAUGCAUUCUGGGAAAUUCAAGAAUUUGGGUCAAGUCGACAAUAUGGAGGAUUGCAUUGAAAUGUGCUGUAAAGAAAAAGAUAUUGACGCUGCGUUCAUGUUGGGAAAGCUUUGUUACUCUGUGAAAUGUUAUAAUUCUGAUUUAUGUCAGACACGACCAGCCUUUAUAUCCAGCAUUGAUAUGCUCAAUGCUUAUCCAGCCGUAUCAUUCAUUCAUAACAACGAUAACAACGAUGACAGCAAAGAUUACACACGCAGUGAAAUUGAAAGAAGAUGUGUGGUUGCAUCAAUUAAAAAAAAUACAACUUUGAUUGGCCAACUACAUGGAGGUGAAGGAACAUUUAGUGAUAACGGAGAGAGAAGUAAUAUUCAAGACUGUGUAUCAGCAUGCUGCAAUACCCCACUAUGUGACGCUGCUCUGAUUCAAGGCAAAAGAUGUUUUUCAGUUCAAUGUUCAAAUAACAAGACGGCAUGUCAAGAGGUUCGCGCAGACUCGUUGAACACUACGUCAACAUUAGCUUACAUUGCCAGAUAUGAAGAUUCUGGACAUACACAAGAACUUGAGCUAUCGACAUCCACGAGUCAAUGUCCACUGGAAAGUCUUAACGAGUUUCAUGUUUAUAGAAACAAAACUCUUCUUGGUGGGUUUGAGACAGGAAACUACACAUUUCUCGGAAGAACAAAAAAUAUGAGGCAGUGUGUCCAGAAGUGUUGCAGUCUGGGUAAAUGUGAUGUUGCUUACUCUAUUGAUGACAAUUGCUAUGGAGUUGAAUGUUUUUCCGAGAAUUUAUGUAAUGUGGAUGAUAAAAUACCGGAGACAACCAGCACACAAAUAUCCUUGAUGAAAGACAUCAAACUAAAACAAUCACGACGUUUCUCAAGUUACAUAUUGCCAGUAUUACCUGUACUUCUGGUUGUUUUCAUCUUCGUUUGUUGGUUGUACUGGUUACGUUCAAGAAAAAUUUCUUCUUCCAAAACGUAAAAACUUGAGAGGAAAAUUACAACGCCAGAAUACAACGUCAACACACCAUGCAUGCAGUCACUGCAAACUCGAGUUAAAGACAUCAAGUGAGAGUAAAAGAAGGAUGGUAGCAAAUAGUAAGACUAAAACAGUAAAAGAGUAAAACAGUAAAAGAAGGAUCAUAGCUGAAAUUUGACAGGGAACCAAAAAAAAUUUACCAGCAAAACAUUUUUUUACCUAAGAAGAAAAGAAAUGCAGGUACAAAAUUAGUUCUUUGGACUGUUUUUUGCGAAUAUCAACUGGUGU